AUUUGUUGUGAUCAGAAAAACUGAAUAUAUUGAAUACAUAUAUAUUCCACAAUGGGCUGGUUUCGUCGAACACCGCGAUUGUCGUUCAAAUUCAUAUUUGCUACUUGCAUCUCCAUGACAAUUUUACUAAAUAUGAGAAUUGUGUUCAACUUUACGGAAAACGAAUUUGGUCUUGAUGAGCACCUCGAGGCGAUCGGUAGACGGCGGGAGAUGGCCGCGGAAACCAAGUUAGUCGUGCGAUCUGAUGAACACAAUGAAGGGAUUGAUGUGAAUGAAAUAAUUACGGUAGCUUUAAUAGAUAUCAACAAGACAACCAAGGAGUCAGCUCGUCAACUUCAACAAAACGCGACGGUCAUCACCGAACCAGUGUACACCACAGCGAUGAUCGGCGCUGCUGGGGAGAUGGGCAAGCCGGUGUUUAUAGCAGACAGUCAAAAGGAGAAAAUGAACCAAUUAUUCCCUUUAAACCAGUUUAACGUAAUGGCCAGUGAUAUGAUUGCGUUGAACAGAUCAUUGCCUGACAUUCGGCCGAGAGGAUGUCAAAAUAGAGAGUACCCCGGCGUUUUACAGACGACGUCUGUGGUCAUAGUAUUCCAUAACGAGGCUUGGACUACUUUGUUACGCACAGUACACAGUGUUAUCAAUCGCUCUCCAAGGCAUUUACUAACAGAAAUUAUCUUGGUGGACGAUUACAGCAAUAGAGCUUUCCUUAAAACUGAACUUGAUGAAUACGUAUCAAAUAUCACCACAGUACCUGUAAUGGUUCAUCAUUGCCAACAACGAGAAGGACUGACACGAGCCCGUCUGAUUGGUGCUGCCAUGGCAACAGGGGAGGUCGUCACAUUUCUAGAUUCUCAUUGUGAGUGUACACGUGGUUGGCUAGAACCGUUGUUAGCCAGGAUAGCCGAGGAUAAAACCAAUGUAGUGUGCCCUGUGAUAAACAUCAUCAGCGACACGACAUUCGAGUUCAUCAACGGCUCCGAUGCCACCCAAGUGGGAGGAUUUGAUUGGAGGCUCAUAUUUAAUUGGCAUGUGGUGCCACACAGAGAGCUUCAGCGAAUCAAGUUCGAUAGAACAUCACCGGUCAGAUCGCCGACAAUGGCUGGAGGUUUAUUUUCCAUCCACAAAGAAUUUUUUACAAGACUUGGCACAUACGAUCCAGGAUUCGAUGUCUGGGGGGCCGAAAAUCUGGAACUGUCGUUUAAGACGUGGAUGUGUGGCGGCACCCUGGAAUUUGUUCCAUGUUCGCACGUUGGCCACGUGUUUCGAAAAAGAUCGCCUCACCGUUUUCCACCAACGACACACAAUGUCAUGCAGCGUAACAACCGCCGAUUAGCUGAGGUAUGGCUGGACGAAUACAAGUACCUGUAUUACAACGCGCACCCAGAGAUUUUGAAGACCGAUCCGGGGGACAUCUCUGAAAGACUCGCCCUUCGUGAACGGUUGCAGUGUAAAAGUUUUAAAUGGUACCUGGAGAAUGUCUACCCUGAAAAUGUGUUUCCAAUUCACUUUUAUGGAGUGGGUAAUAUAUCUAAUAUGAUCAUCACAUUAUUCUUUAUUUCUUUAGUAAUUAUUACUUUUUUGUUUUUAUAA